CUCAAGAAAGGAAAUCCCCAGUGAGGUGAAUGAAACCAUGAUCAAGAUGUUGCUGUACACCAUGGAAACAGAGGAUCUCGAUUAUAUAGAUGUGGUUACAGGUCAAAUCAGCAUUUAUGGCAGUGUGGCAUCUUCUCGUCUCGUACGCUUUGUACAAAAGCAUCUUGGCAGUGACAGUGCUGAUAAAGUCUUGGCACCACUGAUACCCGCCAUCAUAAAACAGCUAGAACAUGAAGAUGAGAAUCUAAAGACAGGAGCUCGCAAUGUUCUGUCACUGGCCAGUAGCCAGUCACCUCAAUUACUCAGUCCUUAUAUGAAGCCAAUGAUACAGUGGUACAAGGCUACUCGCUCCCCUGAGGCUUUGUCUGCCAUUUGGAGGCCGUAUAAAGAGGGUGAUGGGAUGUCAGAAGAAGAUUUUAUCGACUUGAUGAAAGCUAUCAAACAAGACAAGGAUGCUGACUCAGGAUCGAUGCAGUCUGUGAUUUUGAUGGAUAUCGGUGAAAAACAACCAGAGCUGUUUACACAAGAGAGUGUUGACAUGAUGUUGACGGAAAGAUUCGUGGACAACAAGGAUGACCAGUACAGGAUUUUAUUGGCAUUGAGUUAUGUCAUUCCUAAGAAGCCAAAACUGUUUGGAAAGAACAUUGUUGAGCGUGUUCUGAAGAAUCCAAAACUGAACUUAACCUUCACAUCUGCUCUACAAACCAUUGGUGUUGCAUUGGCCUUCCAUCACAAGGAGUUAGCAGAUACGGUUCUGGAUGACUUUGUGAAGCUUUCGAAAAAGUGUGAAAGUCCUUCCUACAAAGUGGCGUUGAUUGAUGGAAUUCAUACCAUAGGUACUCAGCACGGAACAGAGAGACUGAAGCCAUACCGACCAUACAUUGAGGAACUACAGAAAGAUGGGGACACUGGUGGAAUCAAAGACAUGGCUACAUCCAUUCUUAAUGCGAUGGAUGGUAUAAGUGUGGAAGGCAUAGUGGAGGACGUUAAACAACAGAAGGGAGACAUCAACGUCCUCAGCACCCAGGUCACCAAGACUUCAAAGAAAGUCGAUGUGGUGGAUAAAAAAGUGGACAAGCAGGGAAAGGAAAUCAAAACGGUCAAAACUGGACUUAAAACUGUCAAUAAGCGUGUGGAUGUUGUAGAAAAAGAUUUGGAUGAAACCAAGAUCAAAGUUGAGGAGGUCGACAACAAGACGAUGACCAAUGCCCCUAAAUGGUCAAGAGAUUUGACCAAGCUGAUGAAUCCUACCACAGAACAUGAUUGGAGACUUCUGGCCCAGAGGUUAGCAUACACCCCAGAUGACAUUAAAGGCUGGGCGACCCAACAUGACCCCUGUAUGGGCCUCCUCAGUGAGUGGUACGCCACCCACAAGACGAUAGAGGCCACCCACGCUGUACUUACUGCCCUACAGGAGAUGAACAGGAUGGAUGCUGCCGCCAUUGUAGAGAAUGCCAUGAAGGCUGUAGAGGGGGUUGUAGAGGAAGAGGUAGAUUAUGCCACACCUCCACCUAUCUUCCUUAGUUACCAGUGGGGUCAUCAGAAUGAGGUCAAGUUGUUACGGAACCACUUACAAAUGGCUGGAUACGAGUGCUGGAUGGACAUUGGACAAAUGGGAGGUGGCGACAAACUGUUUGAGAAGAUUGACAAUGGAAUCCGUGGGGCAAAAAUCAUCAUAUGUUGUGUGUCGGAAAAGUAUUCCAAAUCUCCUAACUGUAACAGAGAGGUGAACCUAUCCACAAGCCUGGGAAAGCCCAUGAUUCCCCUCCUGAUGGAGAAGAUGAGCUGGCCCCCUAGGGGCUCCAUGGGACCCAUCUUCAGCGAGUACCUGUUUGUGAGGUUCUUUCAGCGAGGUGGGGAGGAGACUGAUGACCAACGCUACUGGCCAGUUCCCAAGUUCCAGGAAUUGUUGAUGCAGCUCAACAUGUAUAAAGCCAUGCCCGACGAAUCUCUUAUCACCAAAGAGUACAAGGAUUGGUGGACUCCUGUGGCAGAGGAAAUCGUCAUUACCAAAAAGAAAGGAGAUGGAGGUCAAAGUUCAACAGGAAAUAAAGAAUCUACACUGGAAGAAGAAACAUCUCCAGACGUGUUCCUAUCGUACCAGUGGGGCAAACAGAAGGAGAUUAAACAGCUGUACAGGAGGCUGAACGAACUUGGCUACAGCUGCUGGAUGGAUAUUUACCAGAUGGGAGGAGGGGACUCGCUCUAUGACAAGAUUGACAGGGGUGUCCGUGGCUGUAAAGUCAUCCUGAGUUGUGUAACCACCAAGUAUUCCCUAUCGGCCAACUGUCGGAGGGAGGUGAGUCUGGGAGAUUCUCUCAAGAAGCCAAUGAUUCCCUUGCUGCUGGAGAAGAUCGACUGGCCCCCUGCUGGACCAAUGAGUAUGGUCUUCACACAGCUUCUGUUUAUCAAUUUCUACCGUGAUGAAAACAUCCAGAUGUCCUGGGACGGCAGCAAAUUUGAUGAACUCCAUGGUAAAAUCAAUGAAUAUAUCCUGCCUAUAUCGAAUGGGGAUCAAAAAACAGCAGUCAAAGGUCCUGACAAAACAUCUAAAGGAGCAACAAAACCUGUGGACCAAAAAAAGGGGGCAGCACCUAAAGAAGGAACAAAAACUGUGGACCAACCAAAGGGGGCAGCCGCAAAAGGAGCAACAAAACCUGUCAACCAAACAAAGGGGGCAGCACCUAAAGGAGCAACAAAAACUGUGGACCAACCAAAGGGGGCAGCACCUAAAGGAGCAACAAAACCUGUGGACCAACCAAAGGGGGCAGCACCUAAAGGAGCAACAAAAACUGUGGACCAACCAAAGGGGGCAGCACCUAAAGGAGCAACAAAACCUGUGGACCAACCAAAGGGGGCAGCACCUAAAGGAGCAACAAAAACUGUCGACCAACCAAAGGGGGCAGCACCUAAACCUGCAAACCAAUCAAAAGAGCAGACAGCUCCGAAAGAAGAAACAAAACCAGAUCCUCCAAAUAAAAAGUCUUCAGCUUGUGUACUACUGUAAAACCAAACGGCUAUAUAGCACAGCUUGUGUACUACUGUAAUACCAAACAGCUAUAUAGCACAGCUUGUGUACUACUGUAAUACCAAACGGCUAUAUAGCACACCUUGUGUACUACUGUAAUACCAAACGGCUAUAUAGCACAGCUCGUGUACUACUGUAAUACCAAACAGCUAUAUAGCACAGCUUGUGUACUACUGUAAUACCAAACGGCUAUAUAGCACAGCUCGUGUACUACUGUAAUACCAAACAGCUAUAUAGCACACCUUGUGUACUACUGUAAUACUAAACGGCUAUAUAGCACAGCUCGUGUACUGUAAUACCAAACAGCUAUAUAGCACAGCUUGUGUACUACUGUAAUACUAAACGGUUAUAUAGCACAGCUUGUGUACUACUGUAAUACCAAACAGCUAUA